AUGUUGCCUUAUCUAGAGAGUCUCAAAGAAAAAGAGACUAAGCUUUAAGAUUUAAAAAAACGAAAUUUAAAAGGUCAAACUGGCCAGAAGCUCUCAGAUAUAUUUGACCUUGAGAAAUAUCACUCCAAAGGUAUAAGAGGAAAGGGGAUCAAGAUUGCGAUUUUCGAUAGCGGUCUCUCAGAAGUCUUUUCUAAAGAUUUCGAUUACUCUGAUGGAGAUUUUCUCAAAGUUAAAAAGAUUAUUAACUUUAGUCAUGACCGCUCUUCCAAGGACUCACUAGGUCAUGGUACAUUUAUCUCAGGGGUUGUUGGAAGUUUAAAUAAAGAGUGCCCAGGCAUCGCACCAGAUUCUGAAAUUUAUGUUCUGAAACUAUUCACAUCCGACAGAGUUUCAUAUACCUCCUGGUUUCUUGAUGCGUUCAAUUAUGUGCUGCAGAAUGGAAUCGACAUUGUCAACUUAUCAAAUGGCAGUAGUGAUUUUCUUGAUAUACCCUUUAUAGAGAAGAUAAAUGAGUUAACUGCUAAUGGAGUUGUUAUUAUCUCUGCAAUUGGAAACGAAGGGCCAUUUUAAGGCACACUCAAUAAUCCAGGGGAUCUUGUCAAUGUCAUUGGAAUUGGUUCUCUAGAUUAUUCAUAGACCAAUGUGGCUUCAUUUUCUUCAAGAGGAAUGACAACUUGGUCAAUUUUAGAUGGUAUUGGAAAUAUGAAGCCAGAUUUGAUAACAGCCGGCUCAAUGAUAAUGGGAUUAGGAAUACAAAAAGAGAAUGAAUGCACCUUAAACUCAGGAACUAGUGUUUCAGCAUCAGUAAUAACUGCAUCAAUAGCCCUCACCUUAUCUGCUUUUGAGGAUUAAAUUGAAAGAAAAAGGAUUUAAAAUACUGCAUUCAUUAAAUAGGCAAUGAUUAGAUCAACUAAAAAACUUAAGAAUCUCUCAAUUACUGAGUAAGGUGCAGGAGUCUUUGAUUUAGAUGCAUUUUUCAACUAUAUAAUCAAUAAUAAUCAAAGGAAGAAAGCAAUGCUUCACCCAAGUAAAAUAGACUUGAGAAAGAAUUAAACGUAUUAUCUGCCAUUCAGCAGAACAAGUAUUUACUCUACUAUGAUGCCUAUUUCUUUUAACUUAACUCUAAUAAACUAGGAAUCUCUACAUUCAACAAUUCUGUCAACCCAUUACGAUUAUAGUGGAGAGGAUAAUUUAGAUCUAGAUAUGAUAAGAAAAUGCUUGAAACUAAGUUUUGAAUACCCAUAAAUGAUCUGGCCAUAUUUUGGCAAUAUCAGAUUAAUACUGAAAACUGAGGAAUAAGAAGAAUGCUAAUCAUUCUCAGCAAGUAAUAUUGAACUAAAGCUUUCUCUUAUUUUGAGGAAUUUGGGUUAAACUACAUCAUCAAGAGAUAUAAAAUUUAGACAAAAAGAAUUGCAAAAUUUUGAACAAGUAAUUUUCAAACUUAUAUUUGAUUAUAUUCCAACUCCACCAAGAGAGAAAAGAUUACUAAUUGACCAAUUUCAUAGUUUAAAGUAUCCAGAAAACGGUUAUAUUUUAAGAGAUAGUUUACUAAAUUCGGAUUAUCCUUAUGAAUGGUAUGGAGAUCAUAUUUUCACAAAUUAUGUUUAAAUGCAUUAAAAGCUGAUAGAGUCUGGAUUUUUCAUUGAGAUACUAUCAGAAAGCUUUAGCUGCUUUAACUCGAAAUACUACAAGGUGCUGCUUAUAAUUGAUCCUGAGGAUUACUUUAGCAAAAAAGAAAUAAAGAAAAUUAGACAUGAUAUUGAAUAAAAUUCGCUCUCUGUUAUUGUGAUGGGAGAUUGGUAUAAUCAAGAGCUGAUGAAGAAAAAUAAAUUUUUUAAUAACAAUACUUUUGAAGUUUGGACUCCUUUUAUGGCUGGAUCAAAUAUCCCAUCUUUGAACGCUCUUUUAGAGCCAUAUCAUAUAGCUUUUGGGGAGAAAGUCUAUUCUGGCGAGAUAUACUUAGAUAAAAGACAAAUAAUGAUAGACUCGGGAACUGAAAUUAUUUAGUUUCCUAAAGAUGGGUAUCUGCUAAGUGCAAAGUUAUCUGAAGAGUCCAAUUAGAUCUUAGCUAAUGGCUUGAUAUUUGAGGAGGCUUUUUAUCAGACAAAGGUUGACCUUAAUAUAGAUAAUAGUGAAAAGUUAGCUCCAACUAUCGGAAUCAUCGACAAAUUGAAUAAUAUGAAUAAUAGCGGUAGAAUAAUAGUAAUGACUGAUUCUUCUUGCAUUGAUAGUGCAAGUCCUUCAUUAACAAAAUGCUUUUGGUUGAUUGAUAAAUUUGUAAAAAUUGCUGUUGGAGAAAUAGAUAAAGACAUAAGUCUAAUGAGCAGUAAAUAUAAACUGCCGAGUGAUUAUGCAAGUAAUGAGAGACCUACCUAUUAGACUUAUGAAGAUCUCGACUUCAAUAAACUUAGUUCACUGAAUAAGCUAGCUCAUUUGAAUUCAUAAAACUAAGAGUGCAAAAAUAAAAUGAGUCAUUAGAUCUAAAAUUCUGAACUGUACUAGCCAUUUACACAUUCCUAAUCUGAGGAGGUGGUUUAUGAAUGGACAGCAAGCCCAGACUCUCCAGAUAUAUCUAACUAAAUGUUUUUCUUUAGAUGGAUCAGAUUAGGAGUAUCAGGCUCUAUUAAUCUUCUCGAUGGAAUAUUCUCAAAUAGAUAAGUCUUUCCAGUUAUUAUAACUGGAAUUCUUAUGGUAGUAGUGUUCUACUUAAUUAUCAAAAAGCUAUUCUGUAAAAAAUAAUAAGUUCAAAAGAGUGGAAGGAUGUUCUGGAUUCUAAGAAGAGAUGCUAACAACUUUGACUAGGCUGGCAUAGACUCCGAAACUUCUAGUAGCAUGAGUAUGUGCAGUGAGGAUGAGUUUAUUAACAAUUAGGAGAGAUAUGAUUUAUGA